CUCAGCUUCACAGAAUCCAGCAGCAGCUUCACUGAGCCCUGCUGGGGACGUGGUCCGAGGUUCAACCCACAGCAAAGCCCCAGCUACCACCUUCUGAAGUCCAGGGCUGCCAAGUCCCUCCUUUGAAGUCAUGGGUCCCUCUGGUCCUGCACUCCUGUCCCUGAGGAGGCUCAGCCUGUGCUGGCUGCUGCUGACUCCAGCAGAUGGAGAAGAAGCCCAGCGCCCGCCUGCCCUGGCUUCUGGAGAUACCCCCUCCUCCUCUGGUCCCACUGUGCCCCGGCCAGCACAGAGAGGCUCCCACCCCCAAGCUGAGGACCGCCUCUUCAAACACCUCUUCGGGGGCUACAACCGCUGGGCGCGCCCGGUGCCCAACACCUCGGACGUGGUGAUCGUGCGAUUCGGGUUGUCCAUUGCCCAGCUCAUCGAUGUGGAUGAGAAGAACCAAAUGAUGACCACAAAUGUCUGGCUAAAGCAGGAGUGGAAUGACUACAAGCUUCGCUGGAACCCUGCUGAUUUCGGCAACAUCACUUCCCUCCGGGUCCCUUCAGAGAUGAUCUGGACCCCUGACAUUGUCCUCUACAACAAUGCAGAUGGGGAGUUUGCGGUGACUCACAUGACCAAGGCCCACCUCUUCUCCACGGGCACCUUGCACUGGGUGCCGCCCGCCAUCUACAAGAGUUCCUGCAGCAUCGACGUCACUUUCUUCCCCUUCGACCAGCAGAGGUGCAAGAUGAAAUUCGGCUCCUGGACCUAUGACAAGGCCAACAUCGACCUGGAGCAGAUGGAGCAGGCGGUGGACCUGAAGGACUACUGGGAGAGCGGCGAGUGGGCCAUCGUCAACGCCACGGGCACCUACAACUCCAAGAAGUACGACUGUUGCGCCGAGAUCUACCCUGACGUCACGUACACCUUCGUGAUCCGGCGGCUGCCGCUGUUCUACACCGUGAACCUCAUCAUCCCCUGCCUGCUCAUCUCCUGCCUCACCGUGCUGGUCUUCUACCUGCCGUCCGACUGCGGCGAGAAGAUCACGCUGUGCAUCUCGGUGCUGCUGUCCCUCACCGUCUUCCUGCUGCUCAUCACCGAGAUCAUCCCGUCCACCUCGCUGGUCAUCCCGCUCAUCGGCGAGUACCUGCUCUUCACCAUGAUCUUCGUCACCCUGUCCAUCGUCAUCACCGUCUUCGUGCUCAACGUGCACCACCGCUCGCCCAGCACCCACACCAUGCCCGGCUGGGUACGGGGGGCCCUCCUGGGGUGUGUGCCCCGCUGGCUUCUGAUGAGCCGGCCCCUGCCACCCUUGGAGCUCCGAGCGCCUGCAGGCCUGAAGCUCGGCUCCUCGUACCACUGGCUGGAGACUGACGUGGAUGCCGAGGAGAGGGAGGCGCUGGCGGUGGAGGAAGAGAGAUGGGUGCGUGCUGCUUACUCUGCCACCCGGGCCAGCGCCCUCCACAGCCACGGUGGCCUGCAUCAGGGGGCCUCAGGUCCCAAGGCCGAGGCUUCACUGCAGGAGAGUGGGGUCCUGCUGUCACCUCGCAUGCAGAAGGCACUGGAAGGCGUGCGUUAUAUUGCUGACCACCUGCGUGCUGAGGAUGCUGACUCUUCGGUGAAGGAGGACUGGAAGUACGUCGCCAUGGUCAUUGACAGGAUAUUCCUCUGGCUGUUCAUCGUCGUCUGCUUCCUGGGCACUGUUGGCCUCUUCCUUCCUCCCUUCCUGGCUGGAAUGAUCUGACACUGCAUCCCUUCCAUUGCUCC